AUGUCAGCGUUCGCAGGCCACCGGAGAGAUCUACACAAUGCUCCGGCCACGUUCACGCCUGCCCUGUUCGGCGGCAGCGGCUUCGGACCAUCGUCUUCGUCCACCCGCAGAUCAUCAUCGUCAAGAGGGCGCCAUCGCCUCGUGACCAGGGCCAUGUUCGAGCGCUUCACCGAGAAGGCCAUUAAGGUGAUCAUGUUGGCGCAGGAGGAGUCACGGCGCCUCAAGCACCCCACGGUCGGGAGCGAGCAGAUCCUCCUGGGCCUCAUCCGGGAAGGCACAGGCAUCGGCGCCAAGGUGCUCAAGUCAGCGGGGCUGAACCUCACGAAUACGCGAGUGGAGGUGGAGAAGGUCGUCGGGAGGGGUUCGGGCUUCGUCCCCGUCGAGAUCCCCUUCACACCGUCAGCUAAGAAGGUGCUGGAGUCCUCGGCUGAGGAGUCGCGCCAGCUAGGGCAUAGCUAUAUUGGAUCAGAACACUUGCUUCUAGGGUUGAUCUGUGAGGAUGAUGGUGUGGCAGCCAUUGUACUUAAGAACUUUCAGGCUGAUCUGGGCAACAUACGCAGUGAGGUUAUCAGAAUGAUUUCUGAAAUCUCCGAAAGCGAAACUGUCGGUGCUGGAGUUGGGGGAGGAAGCACUGCAACCAAGACGCCAACACUGGAGGAGUAUGGGACUAAUCUAACAAAACUAGCAGUGGAGGGAAAGCUAGAUCCUGUUAUCGGAAGGCAAAAGCAGAUCGAACGCGUGGUACAGAUUUUGGGGAGACGAACAAAGAACAAUCCCUGCCUGAUUGGAGAGCCUGGGGUAGGAAAGACGGCUAUCGCGGAAGGCCUAGCGCAGCGUAUUGUCACCGGGGAUGUGCCUGAAACAAUUGAAGGGAAAACGGUUAUCACCCUUGAUAUGGGACUUCUUGUUGCUGGUACAAAAUACCGCGGAGAGUUUGAAGAAAGAUUAAAGAAACUGAUGGAAGAGAUCAAGCAGAACGGUGAUAUCAUACUUUUCCUUGAUGAAGUUCACACUCUGGUAGGAGCGGGAGCUGCAGAAGGUGCUAUUGACGCUGCUAACAUUCUGAAGCCAGCAUUGGCAAGGGGUGAACUUCAGUGUCUUGGAGCCACUACGAUCGAUGAAUACAGGAAGCACAUUGAGAAAGACCCUGCACUGGAGAGGCGCUUCCAACCUGUGAAAGUUCCUGAGCCAACAGUAGAUGAAACCAUAGGAAUUCUCAAAGGGCUCCGGGAGCGCUACGAGAUCCACCACAAGCUCCGGUACACAGAAGAAGCUCUGAUCGCUGCUGCUCAGCUCUCUUACCAAUACAUCAGUGAUCGUUUCCUCCCAGACAAAGCGAUCGACUUGAUUGAUGAAGCGGGAUCUCUUGUCAGACUACGCCAUGCCAAGCUACCUGAGGAAGCUAAAGAUCUCGAGAAGAAGCUGAAGGAGAUCCUCAAACAGAAGAAUGACGCCAUCCGUUGCCAGCAAUUCGAGAUGGCAGGAGAUCUUCGCACAGAAGAGCUAGAGCUUAAGGCCCAGAUCAUGUCACUGGUGGACAAGAACAAGGAGAUGAACAAGGCGGAGGUGGAGUCUGGCGCGUCGGCCGGGCCGGUGGUCACGGAGGCGGAUAUCCAGCGCAUCGUCUCCUCCUGGACCAGCGUCCCGGUGGAGAAAGUGUCUGUGGACGAGUCGGACCGGCUGCUCAAGAUGGAGGAGACGCUGCACCGGCGUGUCAUCGGCCAGGACGAGGCCGUCGUAGCCAUCAGCCGCGCCAUCCGCCGCGCGCGCGUCGGGCUCAGGAACCCCGACCGCCCUGUCGCGAGCCUCAUAUUCGCCGGCCCGACGGGCGUCGGCAAGUCGGAGCUCGCCAAGGCGCUGGCCACCUGCUACUACGGGUCCGAGGAGGCCAUGGUCCGGCUGGACAUGAGCGAGUUCAUGGAGCGGCACACGGUGGCCAAGCUCAUCGGUUCCCCUCCUGGGUACGUGGGCUACACGGAGGGCGGGCAGCUGACGGAGGCCGUCCGUCGACGGCCCUACACGGUGGUGCUGCUGGACGAGAUCGAGAAGGCGCACCCGGACGUGUUCAACCUGAUGCUGCAGAUCAUGGAGGACGGACGGCUGACGGACAGCAAGGGCAGGACGGUGGACUUCAAGAACACGCUUAUCAUCAUGACCUCCAACGUCGGCAGCAGCGUCAUCGAGAAGGGCGGGAAGCAGCUGGGCUUCGGCGACGGUGAGGGUGGCGACAGCUACGGCAGGAUCAAGAGCCUGGUGGAUGAGGAGAUGAAGCAGUACUUCCGGCCAGAGUUCCUCAACCGGCUCGACGAGAUGAUCGUGUUCCGGCAGCUCACCAAGCUGGAGGUCAAGGAGAUCGCCGUCAUCAUGCUGGCGGAGGUCACGGGACGAAUGAGGGGCAAGGGGAUCGAGCUGAUGGUGACGGAGAGCUUCAAGGAGCUCGUGGUCGAGGAAGGCUACGACCCCAGCUAUGGCGCGAGGCCGCUGAGGAGGGCCAUAAUGAGGCUGCUCGAGGACACGCUCGCGGACAAGUUGCUCGCGGAGGAGGUUAAGGAGGGAGACUGGGUGAUCAUCGACGCCGACUCAGAGGGGAAAGUUGUCGUCCUCAACCGGCAUGACGCCUCGCCGGAGGCUCAGCCACGGGAGUUUGCUGUCUAG